AUGGUCAAUGCCAAGAUCUGGACGCUUCGCAGGCACUUUGACGGGUUUCCCAAGAACAGCGACUUUGAACUCAAGGAGGAGAAACUUCCCGAACCCAAAGAUGGAGAGCUGAUACUGGAAGCUGUUUUCUUGAGCGUGGAUCCGUAUAUGCGGUUCUUCAGCCGAGAUCAGAUGAAGGAAGGCGACGCCAUGAUUGGAACUCGAGUCUCCAAGGUGAUCCAGAGCAAAAAUCCCGGCCUUCCGGUGGGCAGUUACGUGGUCGCCAACUGCGGCUGGAGGACCCACUGUCUGUCCGACGGAUCCAACCUGAAGCUGAUACCUGACUGGCCGGCGGAGCUGCCGCUCUCCCUGGCUCUCGGAACCGUCGGCAUGCCAGGACUGACCGCUCUCUACGGUCUCGAGGAGGUCUGUCAGAUCAAAGCUGGAGAGACUCUUCUGGUCAACGCUGCAGCCGGAGCCGUGGGUUCUGUGGUCGGCCAGAUCGCUAAAAUCAAGGGCUGCAGAGUAGUGGGCUGUGCUGGCUCGGACGACAAGGUGGCCUAUCUGAAGGAGCUCGGGUUCGACUAUGCCUUCAACUACAAGACCGUGGGCUCGCUGGAGGAGACGCUCAGGGAGGCGGCGCCACAGGGUUACGACUGUUAUUUUGAGAAUGUUGGGGGGGAGUUCAGCAGUGUGGUGAUUCCACAGAUGAAAGUGUUGGGCCGGAUUGCGGUGUGUGGGAGCAUCGCCACCUACAACGACACCAAACCACAAACAGGACCGUACGUCCAGCCCCAUAUGAUCUCCAAGCAGCUGCGUAUGGAGGGAUUCUUGUUCUACCGCUGGGAGCAGAAGGACCCGGACUCCAUCAAGAGACUCCUGACCUGGGUCCAAGAGGGGAAACUCCAGUACAGGGAGCAUGUCACCGAAGGCUUUGUGAACAUGCCUGCUGCAUUUAUGGGCAUGCUGAAGGGAGCCAACAUAGGCAAAGCCGUGGUAAAAGUGUGACUGAAAA